AUGGAUACUGGUCCUUCAUUGCCGUUGUCGCUUCCACUUCUCCCUGAAACUAAAAAUUGGUCAGCAGAAAUCCGAGCUGCCUAUGAGAAUGUCCAACAUACUUAUGAUCAUGCCGUUCGAGUUCUUCGAGCAGAUGGAGCUGACCCUACCCGCAUUGCUUUCCAUGUGGAUGCCAUCUCAUCAAAUGCUCUUCCAAUCCUCGAAGCACUCAUACCAGAUAAUGACAUUGCCAAUUUGGAUGACAAUUCAGAGUCUCUCCCAGUCAAAUGGCUAGCUGAUGUAGCUGCAAUACUUGGGUGCGCAGUUUCGAAUCUGGAGCAGCUAGGAACAACUGUAAACGAGCAAGAGGAGCAUAACAUUGAUAUACAAGAGUACACUGGAAUUGCAAGAACUGGAAAAUGA